AUGGAGAAGGUCAUGGUGGCGGCAACGUGCGCUGCCUUGGAGGCCGUCCUCCUCCACUCCGUCCGCCUCGACUUCCAGGAAUUGGCGAGGAUGCUGGCGCUGUGCCCUCGUCUCCGCGUCCUCGGCCUGCGCUCCUGCACGGACAUCAGUCGUGUCGCCGUGACGCCGGCGAUGGGGCUCUCCAGCCUCAGGACCGUCACCAUCAUAGACUGCAGCUCCCUCAUUGGUGUGGACUUCGCGGUGGUUUAUAGCCUCCUGUCGUUCCGCUACAGCGGCGGGUUUUGCUUCUAUCUGCCCGGCGAUGCCAUGUUCGCCGACCUCGACAUCCGUUUCGGCAUCAAGAAAAGCCGCAAUGUCCUCAUCUGCCAGAAGGUGUUCAGUGGCUGGUUCGAAACCCGUGUUUGCUCGAAACUUGCUACCCUCACCAUCUGCAGCAAUGUCCUCUUUGUUGUGUCUUCCUUGCUUAAUGCAACCUCACAUGCCCAAUCGACCAAGAUGGUGGGCGACUUAUUUCCAAGAAUGACGGAACUACAGUUGAUUAUGUUAGAAAUGAAGGCCCCUGAGCUUGCAAACAUCUAUGUGUUCCUCAAGAACAGCGGCUGUUCUAAUCUGGAGAGGCUUUUUGUGCAGCUCCCUACUGCACCGAGCGGGCUCUUGGUGGAUUCGUUUGACUAUGUGGGGUUAGAGCCACCACCGGAUGUUUUGGAAAACCUCAAGGUGGUAAAGAUUACGAAUUUCAGUUGGAACCGCUAUGAGCUGCAGCUGGUGUUUUUUUUGUUGAGGAAGGCUAGCUCUCUUCAUAAACUGGUACUGAUUACUCCCAGUUUGGAGCCGUUGCAUGUGCCCGGUAUCCAGAAGGCAGACCUUUUGUUUCUUGCAGAAGCUGUGGCGAAUGGAAAAGUAAUUCUCAGUGGGUCUGACGAUGCGGCAACCCAGCCAUUUCAUUCAGAUGUCUCUGCCGACUUUUAGUUGCUAGUCAGAAGUGGAAUUAUGGCCCUAUAGCUUGUAAUAUUGUAGCACCAAGCUGCCUUUGGGGCGUUGUGACUGCCGUGAGAAAGUAAAUUUGUAUGCUACAAGGAUUAGCAUGACAUAUUUUGGUAUUGAUCGUAGCAAGCUAAUAAUGAUGCAGCUCAUCAGGCUAAUAUAUUCUAGAGAUCUCUAUAUUCUACAGGGACUACUGCUGGAGAGGAUAAUAGAUCUAUUGUAGUGCUGACAUUCACAAUUUAUAAAAUUAAAGCCUGCCCUCGAGUCAUGAGUGGUUCGCAUUUUUACA